CGCUGAUCGGGGAGAACGAGGCGCAGACGAACGGCUCGAUCGAGAGCGUGAGACGCGAUGAGGAUUAUCAUUAUAAUCCAAAACCAGCAAAGUCAUGGAUAAAACAUUGGAUUAUUAUUGACAUUGAAUGCGAUCCAGGCUUUCUGCGACAUUUUUAAAGCAUUUAUUUCUCUUCUGUGAUCUAAAUGGUCAUUUUGUUUCCUGUUUAAAAAUGUGAGCCUGAAGGUUGUUGGGAUGACUCACGAUUACUGGUCUCACAAAUCUACUGAUAAAAUAAAGGCCCAUGUGAGGCUGGAGGAGGAGAUCGGAUAUGACGGAUGAGCUGAACAAGCUAUCACCUGAAUCUGACAUCUUGAAACCAGAAGACGCUGUGCCAGCAUACUUGAACGAGAUGCAUCCGAUUGGAGAAGACGUUGAUAGUGACGUUGAGGACGACGACAUGUCCUGCAAAGUGACGGUAGAGUUAUUACCUGAUUGGUUGAAGCCCAUGGAGGAGGAGGAUGUUGGUGUUGAUGAGCUCAUGAGCGCUGGACGAAUCAACAGGAGAAAAACUAAAGAAAAACCUCCGAAAGUAAAACGGGGCAGAGGUCGACCUCCCAAAAGAAGACAUGGACUUACUCUAACAGAUUACAAGAAAGGACUGCAUGCGGAUCGCACUAUGAAGAAAAAGAGGGUUGGAUCCCUAAUGAAUCGCAAACGUCCACAUUUAUCCCGAAAAGCCACUUCCGUCCCAGAUCCAUCCCACAAGGCUGAAGUUUUACCCAGAACCCGCCAGAGAGUCGUUCGCAGCUCAACAUCCACACCUCAAAGUCCCGAACAGGUCCCAGACUCUCCAGCAGGGGACAGCAGCGCUGAAUUUAACAGCCCUCCACAACUCACAAGGGUCUCGCCACCCAGUAUCGACACGUCCAGACGCAGCUUCAUUCACUCUCCUUCUGUAAAAGUGGGUAAUGUCACCCAGCAGAUAAUCAGCACUGAACCUGGGAAAGAUGCCUCUGAGCUGCCGCUUCGACUUUGGCUUUGUCCUUCUCUGGAGCCCAUUAGCCCUACACAAACUCAGGAAAUGCUCUCGGAGCAAACCGUAGGGUCACCAAAUUUUCCAGAGGCUUCGCUGAAUGGGACAAUGACGGUGAAGGAGAGUCUUCCUUUUCUCAGUCAAUGUGAAGGAUGCGGGUGUCCAUUUUCAGCUCAGAAGCCUGGAGACACUUUGUGCUACAGAUGCAGAAUUAAAAACGAGAAGAAGCGGUCUCCUCCAAACAUUUUGUGUAGGAAGGUGAGGCAGGAUCAAUGGGAGGUUGAGAAAACAAAACAUCCAAGAAAGCAAAUGCUGCAAAAACCGCAAAGAUAUGGGAAAACCGAAAAUCUGGAUAUUGUGCCUGAUGGUGGUGAUGAUGAUGAUGAUGACUACUGGCGUUUAAAGAAGCGUAAUCGGAGGAUGUGCCAGCGAUGUGAUGCCUGCCGUCGUGAUGCAGACUGUGGGAAGUGUGACUUCUGCAUGGACAAGCCCAAGUUUGGUGGCAGUAACACGAAAAGGCAGAAAUGUCGCUUGCGUCAGUGCAAGUUUCAGUCAAAGCUUCAAUUUCGAAAUGGAAUGAAUGGAGUGCCGACUCUUCCACCAAUAAGGAAAAUGAUCAAAUCCAAUAAAAUCCUCAAAAUAAAGAAACGUGGGAGACCACCAAAAAAAAAAUUCAAAAAUGACCCAUGGGAGGAGGAGGAGGAUGAUUAUGAAGCGUCUGAUAAUGAUGAAGAUGAUCAAGAAUUGAGAAGUUCUGAGAUGAACGGCACCCAGGUCAGAAAACACGGGAAAUGGAGUUACACUUUUAAGGAAGAUGAAGAUGACGCGGCCUAUGUUGAGGAUGUGGUUGAUGCCAAUGUAGAAGAGGAUUCUGUUAUUUUGGAUAAUGAACGGUCAGUGAUGGCGUCUAAUGAGAUGUACAGCAACACCUCUGGACUCAGUUCUCAGGGAUUAUACUACAAUGUGUCAGGCAUGCCGGUGUCAUCUCAUCUGAUUGGCUCAGCUCCUCUGUGUAACAGCGGUGCAGUGGCUAUGGGUGAGGUGAUCGGCUCAGUGCCUAUGGCGGACGAGAUGAGCCAGAAUGGUUUUCUUCAGAUUGAGAUGGUGCGAGUGGGAUCAUCUCCAUCACAUUACAGAGAAGAACAGCAGAACACACAACACGUGCACAUGGCAGACGCUCAACAGGAGCAAACACCGGUGAUCACUCAGAUCUUCAGUCUGGCAGGUCCAGAAACCGAAAGUGAUCGAGACCCGGGCUUGAUUGAGCUGUUCACGUCCCUCGGCCAGAGCGUCCUGCCGGCGCACUGGGUGUGUGUGAUCGCCAAAGGCCCCGUCCUGCAGCUCCUGCAGUGCUCUAAACUCUCCACCAUGGCAGACACUGUGGUCCAAAUCGAGAAAGGCUUCUUCUACCAGGUCACCGUCCAGAACCAGCCUCUGCUGCUCAUGCACAGCCUCUACUCUCGCCAUCCCACCUGCCUGGAGAAAGUGGAGCAUGUAGUGUCGCUCCUGCUGGAUCUGGAAGCUCUGGGCGUUUGUCAGGGCUACCAAAACCUCCAAAUGUGCUUGCCUUGGGAGCCCAAAAUGUGCGUGCGAGCCGCACUAUGCGAUUUGCUCAUUCCCAAGGACGAGGAGCAUUGUGGGAAAUGCUCGCAGCCGGUAGAGGGAUGAGUGAUGAUGAUUUUUCUUCCACUAACAUUUAUUUACUGUACUUUUCGAAUGACCACAAGGUCAUCCGAGAGCAUCUUCCGCCAGUUUUUAAGCUUCAUUCGGGCCUCUUUCCAAACCUCACCAUGAAUCCUCAUUCAGAACGGUGCUUAUUUUAUCUCCUUUAGUUGACGGAAAUGUAGGAAAAGUUAGCGACACAAGGAAAGAUGCUUUAGGAAAAAGACUUUCAAAUUAUGGAGGGGUGUUUCUGCCAUGAGAUGACAAAGCUAGGAUUUUGUUUGUUUUUUGUUUCUGGAAUUCUAUAUCUCAUACAUGCAUUUUUCUUGCAUACAUGCAUCUGAAGGUUCGAUGUCCUCCAGAUUUUAGCUCCAACCCCAAUCAGACACACCUGUGCUAGCUAAUCAAGCUCUUACUAGGCCACAGGUGUCAAACAGUUCCUGGAGGACCGCAGCUCUGCACCGUUUAGUUCCAACCCUAAUUUAACUAAUUGAGUCCUUCAGGCUUGUUUGAAACCUGCAGGCAAGUGUGUUGAAGCAGGGUUGGAACUAAACUGUGCAGGACUGCAGCCCUCCAGGAUCUGAGUUUGACACCCCUGUACUAGGCUUUUUAGAAACAUCCUUGGAAGUGUGUUGAGGCAAGCUGAAGCUAAAAUCUGCAGGACACCAGACCUCCAGGACCAAGUUUGAGAGCCCCUGAUAUAGAUCAUGGGUCUCAAACUUAAUUCCUGGAGGGCCUUAGCUCUGCACAGCUUUGCUUCAACUCUAAUCAAACACAGCUGAUCCAACUAAUCAAGGUGUUCAAGACUACUAGACACUUGUAGUCCUGGACCCUAAUCAAACACAGCUAAUCCAACUGAUCAAGGUGUUCAAGACUACUAGACACUUGUAGUCCUGGACCCUAAUCAAACACAGCUAAUCCAACUGAUCAAGGUGUUCAAGACUACUAGACACUUGUAGUCUUGAACAUCUUGAUUAGUUGGAUGUAGAAACAUCCUUGGAGGUGUGUUGAGGCAAGUUGGAGCGAAAAUCUGCAGGACGCUGGCCCUCCAGGACCGAGUUUGGACACCCCUGAACUAUAUCAUAGGUCUCAAACUCGAUUCCUGGAGGGCCACAGCUCUUCACAGCUUUGCUUAUAACCUAAUCAAACACACCUGAUCCAACUAAUCUAGGUGUUCAAGACUACUAGACACUUGUGUUUGAUUAGGGUUGGAGCAAAUCUGUGCAGAGCUGCAGCCCUCCAGAAAUCAAGUUUGAGACCUAUGAUCUGUAUCAUGGGUGCCCAAACUCGGUCCUGGAGGUUCUGCAUAGUUUAGGUUCAACCCCAAUCAGACACACCUGGGCUGCCUAAUCAAGCUCUUACUAGGCCACAGGUGUCAAACUCAGUUCCUGGAGGGCCGGAGCUCUGCACAGUUUAGUUCCAACCCUAAUUAAACACAUCAAACUAAUUGACUCCCUCAGGCUUGUUUGAAACCUGCAGGUAAGUGUGUUGAAGCAAGGAUAGAACUAAACUGUGCAGGACUGCAGCCCUACAGAAAAUGAGUUUGAGACCCAUAUUUUAUAUCUUGCCGUUCUUAUUUUUAUCUAAAUUGCGACUUUAUUUCUCAUAAUUGUGCAUUUAUAGCCUGUCGUAAUUAUUAGGACCUUAUUCUUGCAAUUUUGAGUUUAUUUUAUUUAACUGUUUUUUUCCCUACUCUUGUAAAUUUAUUAGUUCGGACUUAGAAAUUCGUGUAUAAUUCUUGCAAUUUUGUUGAUGUCUUGCAUUGGCUCAACACUGAGUUUUUCCUCUGUGAACCGCAACCUAUUUUUUCGCAAUUGUAAGUUUUAUCUCGCGAUUCUGAUUUUAUUUCUAACAUUUUUUUUUCUGAAUUGCUGUUUGUCUCAUAAUUCCAUGACUGCUCCUAAAUCCUGACAUCCCAUAUUUUUUAAAUUGGCAAUUUAAUACUCGCAAUUGCAUAUCUAUUGGCUUUAUAUAUAUAAUUAGGACUUCUUUUUUUUCUCUGAGGUCUAAAUUUUUUGCUCACAAUAGCAAGUUUAUAGGCUGCAAAAUUGUAUUUAUAUCUUGCAAUUUUGAGUUUUUUAUUCAACUGACAAUUUUUCCUACAAUUGUUCAUUUAUUAGUUGUCUUAAAAUUCAGAUAUAAUUCUUGCUAAUUUAAUUUUGUGUUGGUAUCUUGCAAUUCUGAAUGUUUCUGUGUGAAUCACAGUUAAAUUUUUUGCAAUUGUAAGUUUUAUCUUGCGAUUCUGAUUUUAUUUUUUUACAUUAAAAAAAAAAAAUCUGAAUUGCUGUUUGUCUCAUGACUGCUCCUAAUUCCUGACAUGUCAUAAUAUUUUUUAAAAUUGGCAAUUUAAUACUCGCAAUUGCAUAUUUAUUGACUUUAUUUCUUAUAAUUACUACUUUUUUUUAUCUGAGGUCUAAAUUUUUUGCUCACAAUAGCAAGUUUAUAGGCUGCAAAAUUGUAUUUAUAUCUUGCAAUUUUGAGUUUUUUAUUCAAUUGACGUUUUUUCCUACAAUUGUUCAUUUAUUAGUUGUCUUGAAAUUCGGAUAUAAUUCUUGCAAUUUUAGUUUUGUGUUGACAUCUUGCAUUUCUGAAUGUUUCUGUGUGAAUCACAGCUUAAUUUUUUGCAAUUGUAAGUUUUAUCUUGCGAUUCUGAUUUUAUUUUCCACAAUUCUAACUCUUUUUUAGAGUUGCUGCGUUGCUGUUUGUCUCAUAAUUCCUCAUAAUUUGCUCAUAAUUCCUGACAUCUCACAAUAUUUUCUGAGUUGCCAAUUUAUUACUUGCAAUUGCAUUUUUAUUGGCUUUAUUUCUUAUAAUUAAGACUAUUUUUUUCUCGCAAUAGUACGUUUAUUUCACACAGUUGUUUAUAUCUUCCAAUUUAAGAUUUAUUUCAGGAAUUGUGACCAUAAAUCUCACAAUCCUGCAUUUCUAACAUUUUUGCAAUUCAGAAUGUUUAUAUCCUGGCAGAAACAAUCUUCCAUACGAAAAACGAGAGUUUUACUGCAAUCCCUUUUUAUGUUUCUCUCCAGUUGGGGGGCAUAAAAAAAUUACAUUCAGUUCUCAUUCAAACUACCUCUCAAUCAUUUUUAUAGACCAAUUUUUAACCUUAAACCUCCCAGGUGCUCUUAUCCAGGCUGAGUUAUUGAUCCAUGAACGCGUUUAUUGCAGUACAAAGAAAAGACCAUCUUGUACUGCGUUCAUUCUGGUUAGUUUAGGCUUGUACAUUCAAACCUAAAGUUGCAUCAACUGUACUUGAACACCAAAAUCAUUCAGCCUUUAGAAAUCGUCUACAUAUUUGUUCAUAUUUUACACUGUAUUUAAUUGUUUUCACCCCAAAGCAAGCACAUAGUCUUUUGUCAUGUGUUUUAUGUUUUCAUGAUGUUUUAUUUUAGAAUCAUUGGAGUGUUUUUAUGCAACAGCAGAUGCGAUCUGGUCUUUUGUUUGUCCUGUUGUUAAUCACACCUGCUUUCGUGUGACUGAAUUGUGUUGCGCGUGAUGAACUGCAGCUAAAGUCAGUGCAUUUCUGUGCUGUUUUGCUUAUUAAUCGCAGCCCACUGUAGACGCCCGAAUCAUUAUUUAACACAGAUAGGCCUUUAUAUGGUGUUCUGUUAAAGCAGCGCAUUUAAAAUGAUUCGUUUUUCUUUUAGUGUAAUCUUUAUUUCUGCUUCUCAUUCCUGGGUGAUUUUAAUUCAAAUGGAAUUGAUGUGUUUAUUUUGGCCUCUACCCUUGAGAGAUGUGUACAAAAUGAGCUGUAAAAUACAUAAUUGUCUGAAAUUAUUUAUAAAUGGAGGAUCAGAGCAUCUCUGUGUUGUAAAUCUUGCUCUGUUUUCGUCAGUUUAACCAACAAGGUCAGUUUUUGAAACACUGUAAAGUAGGAUUUUUAUGAAGGGUGGGGAAAAUAAAGUUUUUCUUUCUUAUA